AUGAGUUCUUCUUCACUCACACUCCUCACUCUUCUGCUUCUUCUGGCUUUUACUCUCUUUCCGUCAUCCCAAUCAGAGAAGGCCGAUGCCGAUGACAUGAUUGACCGGAUAUGCAAGAAAACUCCAUUCUUCGAUCUCUGUUCCGCCACGCUCCACGCCAACCCUCUCACUCCCAAAGCCGAUCUCAAAGCCAUCGCUCUCGUCGUCCUCAAGGACAUUCUCCUGAACGCCACCGAAACCCUAUCGCACAUCGAAUCCCUCAUCCGCCACACCUCAGAUCGACGAUUGGAGCAAUCCCUAGCUUUCUGCGGCGAAUGCUACAUUCCGAUCAUCAAGUACACUCUCCCUCAGGCCGCCGACGCCGUCAGCCACGGUCAAUUUGGGUUCGCCGCGUAUUGUGUGGGCUAUACUGAGAAGGAAGUGCUUAGAUGUGAGAGGAAGCUUGCAUGGUCGAAGAAUUCGUCUUCACUGGAGAAUCAAAACGGCGUCGUGCAUAAACUUGCCGGCGUGGCUUCUGCAAUAAUCAGAUUGUUACUAAAGGCUUGAUUUGAUGAUAGUUUUGUGAUCUGUAGCUCUGUGUCUUCCUCUUUGUUGUGUAGAUGGUAGUUCCAGUAACAAUGGAAGGAUGUUAUGUUAUAAUCGGAGUUUACAUUCUAGCAAUGGCUCAAGAGGAUGACAGUGCCAAAUUUCUUGGCAUGACAUCUUGGCAAAAGUUAGAUUAAAUUUGAUGAUUUAAAUUUGAUAACUUUUUAAAAUAUAGAUUAAUUUGUAAUAUUAAAAUUUAACUUAAAUGAUUCAGAUUUUAAGUGGAAGUUCAUUG